AUGGCGCUGCUCCUGUGGGCCCAGACCCUUGGCCUUGCUGGCACCCAAACCCUCCAGAUUCUUGUGGAACCCCCCUGGACACCGGCAGUGCUGUGGGACCAGGUGACACUGACCUGCCGGGGCUCAGGGACCACCGGUGGCACUACCUGGUACAAGGACGGGCAGCGCUGGCUACAGGAGGGACCCAACCACUUACUUGUCACCGAGAGUGGCACCUACGAGUGUGACAGAUGUGGCACUGGGCGCAGUCCCCCCGUGACCAUCUCAGACGCGCGGUUGGUGCUUCAGGUGCCAGCACGGGUGCUGCUGGAGGGGGACAUGGUGAUACUGCGCUGCCGCCGCUGGCGGGACAAGUCGGUCACCGGAGUGCGAUUCUAUGAUGGGGACAAGGAGGUGGGGAGGUCCCCCCGUGGGACCGAGCUGUCCCUGUCCCCUCUGCAGCUGAACCACAGUGGCCGCUAUAGCUGCGGGGGCUGGGUGGACUCUGAGCUGUCAUCGUGGGCACAGUCAGCACAGGUGACAGUGACAGUGCACGAGCUGUUCCCCGUGCCGGUGCUGGAGGGGCCCCCUGAGCCCACCGAGGGGUCCCCCCUGAAUCUCAGCUGCCUCAGCACUCCCAGCCACCUGCGGCCCCAAGCCCCCCUCCUGCACGUGUUCUACCGGGAUGGGCAGGUGGUGGGGGGCCCGCAGUGGUCCUCGCAGUGGCUGGUACCUGCUGUGGGGGUCUCCCACUCGGGAAAUUACAGCUGCCAGGUGCACUCUGAGGCGGGGACCGUGCAGAAGAGCAGUGCCCGGCUCCGCGUCACGGUGCGCAGGGUCCCACUCUUGGGGGUGUCCCUGUUGGUGCAGCCCCCUGGGGGACAGGUGGCACUGGGGGACCGCCUGGUGCUGAGCUGUGUGGUGGCCACAGGGACAGAUCGCCUGUCCUUCUCCUGGCACCGGGAGGGCUCGGGGGCACCACUGGGCACUGGCCCCCACCUGGAGCUGCGCCAUGUUGGGGACGAGGACAGCGGUCGCUAUCAUUGCCAGGCCAGGGAUGGGGACAAUGUGGCAGAGAGCCCUGCGUUGAACGUCACUGUCCUGGUGCCUGUGGCAAAUGCCACCAUCACCCCCGGUCCCCUGUCACACCAGGUGCAUGCAGGUGACCCCGUGACCCUGCGCUGCUCGGUGCAGGUGGGCUCAACCCCUGUCACCUUCACCUGGCUGCACAACGGGCAGGAGGUGGCCCAGGGUCCGCUUCUGGAGCUUGGAACUGUUGAUGUGAGACAUUCAGGCACCUACCAAUGCAUGGCCACCAACCAGCUGGAUGGGAACCGUGUGUUCCGUGCACCCAGCCCAGAGCUGGCGCUGGAAGUGACACUGCAUGGUCACAGGAACACAGGUGGGGUCACAUGGGGGGUCCCUUGGGGGCUGCAGCACUCCCGGGAUUCUGGGUGA